CCAGGAAAUAACUGUAAUUUUCUUCUCUUGGAGCAAUUUGCCAGCUCUUAUGCACGCGUGUAGCCAAAUCUGCUAUCUUGUCUUUGUGUGUUUUGACCAUGUCCGUUUUUAAAAUCACUUCAAGACUGCUCGGGAUCGCCACAGUCACCGUCCUGGUCGUGCUGCUGCUGCGGAACUGGAUGGCAAACAAACAGUAUGUUUUCAACAAAGAAGAUAUUGCCAAGUUGGCCAAACAGUAUGCAGGACAGGAUCAUGAGCAGGCUUUCUCCAAAGUAGUGGUGGAGCUCAGAAAGAGGUAUCCUGGACACAUCCUGCCUGAUGAGGACCUGCAGUGGGUGUUUGUGAAUGCUGGAGGCUGGAUGGGCUCCAUGUGUGUCCUCCAUGCCUCUCUCACAGAGUACUUGAUGCUGUUUGGUACUGCAGUGGAUACAGGUGGACAUUCAGGUCGGUACUGGGCUGAGAUCUCUGACACCAUCAUCUCUGGCACAUUCAGACAGUGGAAGGAGGGUACUACCAAGAGUGAAAUAUACUAUCCUGGUGACACCAUUGUACACGGAGCAGGAGAUGCCACAUCAGUGCAGUGGAGUGCUGGGACUUGGAUGGUUGAGUACGGCCGAGGCUUCAUUCCUUCUGCGCUGGGCUUUGCCCUAGCAGACACCGUGUUUAGCACCCAGGACUUCCUCACCAUGUACUAUACUGUACAUGUUUACAUGAAGGGUCUGCUGCUUGAGGCCGGUACACUACUUACAGAGGCUGGAGUUUUCUAAGGUGCAGUGGGGGAUGAGAUACUUGCACACUGACAAUGACAUCUAAUCACCCCCCACAAGUCCUGUGGAGUGGAUGAUUGAUUUUUAUCUGUAAUUUUUGACAAUCUGAUUUGCAUCAAUUGUUCUUGUCUUCAUUAAA